GCGCGCUCGUAGCUAACGUCUACGAGAUCUCGUAGACUAUACGGCGAUUUGUUUCGUUUCUAUAUGUGUGAGUGACUUUGGCAGUUUUGUUACUGUGUUAAGUUAUAUUUCAAGAUGUUUGUAAAGCUGAAAGGAUCAAAUAAAUAAUGCAUCGUUAAUCGUAAGUAAUUAACAAUGCUACACAGAACAUCUUCGUCUCGGCGCCGGAGGGCAUCAAGAAGUGCGGCAACAUCGCCUCAGACUAGAUCUCCGAGACCUUCUGCACAAACAUCGAGACGCGCCUCAUUAGCAACUACAGAAACUGACGAUGAACUAGAACCUCCACCACAACGCAGCCCAAGGGCAAGUCUUGCUCCAGAUGCAGCUCUAGACUAUCAAAGGAGUCCUCGUCAUUCCCUCGUACCAGAGACACGGUCAGCUAGAAACUCUAUCACUCCAGAAACAACACUUGUAAGAAACACACUCACUCCCUCAAGGAACAAUCUUGGUGUCGAACAGGCCUACGGAUCUCGCCUGAGCUUAAAUCCACAAGACUUUAAUCGCUCACCACGUAACAGUCUCAUCCCAGACGCAUCAGCAAGAACACCACGACGAAGUUUAAUCCCAGAAGGAACUUCAUGGAACCAACCUAGAAACUCUUUAGUGCCAGACGUCGGUAGAAGUCCCAGACAUUCGGUUGCAAACAUACAAAUUGACCCCGCAAGAAACCAAAAGAACCUGGGUCCAAGUCCUCGAACAAGUCCUCGUGGCAGUAUAGCACCAGAUGCGUUAAGAAAAGACUUUGCCGAAUUAAAUAGGGCUCCUAGAGGUUCAUUGAUACCCGAAUCGCAAAGGAGCCCAAGAGGCAGUAUUGCUGCACCUUCUGAAAGAAGCGGCCGAGGCAGUUUAGUCACUGGAGAUAUAGACGCUUCAAGAUUAAGCCCCAGGGGAAGUUUGACAUUAACUUUUCAAGAACCAUUAGUUUCGAGGGAAAGGAGAGCAAGUGAUGAAAGCCAAACAGCUGGAGGCAGAGGUCGUGUCUCCCCGUAUCGGUCGUCUUUGGGAGGUCGUCAAGGUACCGGUCUAUCAGAUACAGGAUCGCGGAGAGCGUCCAGUUCUGUCAGCCAAGUGUCAGGUGAUGAGCAACGAAGGCUGUGCGGGGAACAGACCAAAUAUAACGAUCGCACGGGUCUGGGUUUGGGCGUGGGUUUGACUACUUAUGGUUCAGUUGCCUAUCAGCUAAAAGAUGCGAACAUGGAAGCAACGGGCACGAUAGAUUUUGUUUGCCGAGCUGCUAAAAUUAUGAAUAGAACUAUUGUGAUGACAGUAUUUUUAGCUGUCCUGUCAACUCUCCCAGUUAUUAUGAUGAUUAUGGGCGUUCAAUAUAUCCGCGACUGUCCGGCGGAGCCUCGUCUACCUGUCUACAUGGUGGUGGGAGGUGCAGCAGGAGGUGUGGGCAUUUGUUGGUUAUUGUGGGCACAGUUGGCUAGCCGCAACUCUAAUUCUUCAGCAUCGGUGCCUGAGACAAUACUGGCCUAUUCACUCACUGCAUUUCUUAUCGGAUGGUUCGCAUUUGGCAAUUACUGGACCCUGGGUAUCAUGUGGCCAGACUACGCACCAAGCCUCUUUGAUCCAAACAAGUGGUGCCACCGUACUCUCUACGUAUUUGCUUUAACUCAACUUGGUGUCAUGUGGGGCGUUCUGGCUUUGAUGUCACUAUUGCUAUUAGCCCUUGUCGUCUGCCAGGUCUUCGGUUGUGGCUGGCUGGGGCCCCCUCGCUACAAGUAGCAACGGCGCAGCGUCGUGCUCGAGUUAUGGCACCGAAACAUCAACAACACCAUGGACGUGGCUGGAGCGCUGCUGCCCUUCACUCAAGUCGUCCGCCCAGAGCUCACCAUCCAUGUCCAGGAAGUGCUUACUCAAGCAGACGGAGAUAAACCGAAAAUAGAGAUCAAUGAACCCGAGGACGAUAGGAGUCCAAAGGGUCCAGCUUGAUGGUUAUUCGCCGUGCUUCCGAAGAAGCACGUUCAUUUUGAGACUUCGGACAUUAUUUACUACUUCUGACUAGUAACAUUUUGAGAACUUGAACUUCUCUUUAGUGUGUAAGUUUUUUGGUUUGGCAACCUAGAAAGAACUACUUUUCGCUCGUUUAGUAUCAGAAAUUCGUAAGAAAAUUAUGAUACAAAAUGUAUGAGGAUUCGAUACGCGUUUCAGCAGUAGUUUUGUAUGAUGAAUUUAAACACAGAUAAAUAAUAAAGCAACAAUAGUAAAGUGUUUUCAAUAAAUUGAAACAACUUGUCAGCUAACGUAAAUAAACGAGACUUUAGUGAUUCACGCAAAAUUUCGAUAAAA